AUGGCAGCUACCACUCAAACAGAGGAGUAUGUUGAGUUGAAACUUCUAGUUAACGAAGAGAGUAAUAAAGUUGUAUUUGCUGAAGCAGGGAAGGACUUCGUUGACAUUCUUUGUAGCUUCUUAACAAUGCCUUUGGGAACUAUUGGAAGACUUUCUCACAGAGAUUCAAACAUGGGAUCAGUUACUAUUGGUUGUCUAAACUCACUCUAUCAAAGUGUAGCUGAUCUUGAAGAAGUGUCUCUGUUGACCGAUUCAAGCAAAGAAUUGCUUUUGCAGCCUAAGAACUCGUCGGAAGAUUAUUGCUGCACUCUAAAGAUUAACAUUGACGAAAGUCAGCCCACAAACUACUUCAUCACGUGUGUCAACUGUUAUUGUGAUCGCUGUCCCUCUCUUUAUAUAAGCACCUCCAUAGAUGAACACUAUAAAUGCCGAGGUACUAAGCGUUCAGUGGUCCUGAAACAUUUCUGCAACGGAUUUGUUAACUGUGAUGCUACUUUUGUCGUCACUAAUGAUUUAGUAAUCAUGGCCAACUCCAUGGUUUAUACAAGCUUUUCUCUGCUCAAGAAUUCAGGAAUAGUCACAAGUUCUACAAAAGAAGUUACAGUAAAUGUCACUAAAGAUAAGGUACUUGAUCUCCUAAAGUGUGCUUUAGUCUCUAAGUCACCUUUGACUGAUGUGUUUCUAGGAGAGAAACCUUCCAUCGAGAGGUCUCGUUUUUUCACUAGUGAUGAUGGAAACAUCAGUAAUAUCCAAAUCACCAUACAACUUGUUAUAAGAAAAUCAGAUGAAAAGAUAUUGUUUGCUCAUGGAGAGCAAGAUUUUGCAGAUUUACUAUUAAGUUUUCUCGCGUAUCCUUUAGGAGGUGUUGUGGGUAAGCUAAAAGGAUGUAGUUCUAUAGGAAGCAUAGAUGGAUUAUACAAAAGUAUAGUUGAAUUAGAUGAAAACAAAAAUUUCAUGUCAAAAGAAGCAAAGCAUCAGCUUGUUGAUCCUCAUUUGGUCCUGGAGUUCAAAUCAACUACGCAAAUAUUACCUAUAAACCAGUCACCAGUGAGUUUUUAUUGUUAUUAUGAAGGUAAAUGUUCCAAGCAAAGUAUUCUGGAUCAGCAAUUUUUCAUAAGUAAUGAAUUAAGGAGAGAUGGGGGAAAAUAUGUAUCAGUGAAACUAGUUAAGGACAAAGAAAAUGCAGGAAGUAAAGAAGGUUAUGUGAAGGGACCAACAACUUACCUAGUUACAGAUGACUUGGUUAUUGGACCUUCAUCUCCGAUUUCGGUUCUACUAUUAAUCAAUCGUUUGCAAAUUCCUCUUGCUGACCUGAAGGAGAAGGUUGUAACCAUUGGUAUGAAGGAGUGUCUGAGUAUAUUGAAAGCUGCUUUGACCUCUACAUCAGCUUUAACAAAUGCUCUUAGUCACUUAUUAACUGAAGAUAAGGAGAAGAAAUAA